CCCGAUGUGGUCCGGGGGGGUCAUAUCACGUGAUGAAUUCCGAUUCUCCGUUGCCGCUUGUUGUGGCCCACUAAGCUGAGAGGGCCCGUAUAUAAGUUCGGCCCCCUCGGUUACCACAUCAUCCCCUUCUCCUCUCCCGUUACGAUCUACAAGCCCCUCCCUACCCUUUGACGAUUAAAAAUGAAGAUCGAUUUGACCGAAGAGCAGCUCGUCGGGCAUAACAAUGCAACUAUGCGGGGCGCCUUUGAGGGCUUUGCUGCUGGAACUGGACUUGGCCUCGCAGGUUCAGCCGCUUUGAGUCGCUAUUCUGCGGGCUACCGUGCCCUUCCUCCUUCACUCAAGGCUCUCGGUAUCAUCUUUGUUGCGGCACCUGCAUUUGCUAUCCAAGCUGAACGCCGUGGUAUCGAAUUUGACAAAUCUCAAUGGCGGGAUUCAACUGCCGACUUGCUCGACGAGAAGGAACGUCAGAAAGAAGAGCGAUGGCAAAACUUGACUUUGGGUGGAAGGGUGACGGAUUGGGCUCAGCGACAUGAAUACUCUGUAUUUUUGGGUGGCUGGGCUGCUAGUCUCGGGCUGGCUGGUGCUAUUAUUGCGCGAGACAAAUUACAAACAACUUCUCAAAAGGUGGUGCAAGCCCGUAUGUGGGCUCAGGCGCUAGGGAUUGCUCUCAUCCUAGGAAUGGCAGCAUUCAAGGCUCGCCAGAGCCGUAACUCUGCUCCAGUCGUAGAUCAUUCUUGGAUGGAGGUGCUCGAACAGCAGGAGCGCGCACGUAAGGAUGAAGAAGCGCACCUGAAACAGCUUGCUUCACCCGAGGCUCGCCGACUUGCGUCCGGUCUUUAAGGCUUUCCUAUAGGUUAUAUCAUCAUCGUUAGUUUCAUGUCAGUGCGACAGCAUGGACUUUCUUUAGCGUCGCACGUUGUAGACCUGCAAGCUACACUAUAGACGUACUGUAUCUUUAGCAUAUAAUGGCCCAGUAAUGAGUUUUUCUGUUCUUGCUGUGUCUUCCCGGAUCUUUUAAUAAAAAAUUUUUUGACGGUUGUCGUAACUGUGCGGGGGACAUCAAUGAGCGGGGGAGUCGAAUGGCUCCAGACCUCGACGCUUUGACAACGGACGCUUCCACGCUUCCACCGAUCACGGAGGGGAACAGGGUGAGGCAGGAAACGCGCGCGA